AAAGUAAUGAUAUUAUGAUGCGUGUAGAAUCUAAAGUAAAGUUAAAUAUAGUUUCAAAGUCCAUUUAUUUCAGUGAAGCCAUCAGUCCAGUCAGGGUAAAGGACACGACGCGCGCUGUGAACCCUGCUUUACCGUAGGGCGCUAUUACGCGUUCACAUUGGGCUACUACGAGCUGGACGGUACACGCAUGCGCAGUGACUUGAAGCAGCCGGUCGGGGGAGAAGAGAAAAAACCCUUAUGUGCCAUCGGAUGUAAUCAAGGCAAAGAAUUACCUCUUCUCGCUGUGCAUACAUGGUGAAAUUUUGCAUUUGCUGUGUGUUUGGUAAUACCACCCUGACGUGUCCCUUGGGUGCUCCUGUCUGCAGCCCAUGGGAUCAGAGCGGAUGGAGAUGCGAAAGAGGCAGAUGUCGGUGCAGCAUGAGGCCGCACCGGCAGGACAGGCCCAGACACAGGGACCCAGCCCACGAGCAGGACAGGCCCAGAUCCAGGGACCCAGCCCACGAGCCUCCAACGCCUGCUGCUUCUGCUGGUGCUGCUGCUGUAGUUGCUCCUGGAAUGAAGACAGAGAUGAUAGGAACCGGAAAGUCUCUUAUGACGUCAAAGAGGGGACCGCAGACUGUGAAGAGUGCCCUAAGCCCACACUGGAGGAGGUGCGCUCGUGGGGCCAGUCCUUUGAUAAGCUGAUGUGCUGUCCAGCCGGCAGAAACUCCUUCAGACAGUUUCUGCGCACUGAAUUCAGCGAGGAGAAUAUGCUGUUCUGGUUAGCCUGUGAAGAGUUCUGCCAAGAGACCAAUAAAAGUGUGAUUGAGGAGAAGGCGAGGGUCAUUUAUGAAGACUACAUCUCCAUCUUGUCUCCGAAAGAGGUGAGUUUGGACUCCCGGGUGCGCGAGGCCAUAAACAGGGGCAUGCAGGAGCCCACCUCUCACACAUUCGACGACGCGCAGCUCCAGAUCUACACCUUAAUGCAAAGAGACUCUUACCCCCGCUACAUGAACUCCCCAGCUUAUAAAAACCUGCUCAACACCCUAUCAGAGCAGUGCCCCGAAUCCUAGACCAGCCAUCUCUCCAUCUCUCCUUCUCCAAUAUCUUCUCCCCCGUACAAUACUUCUUUUAACAAACAUUUUAUUUCAAUGUUCAGUGUAGGAUUACAAGAUUACAGGGCCCUUUGCGUAUGGCCCCUUUUUAAAACCAGGGAUUUCUGCGCUAUUGUGAUCUACACCUGACCCAAGUCUCUCAGGUCUUGGAUAAAAAAAUCUACUUUCCCGAGGGCUCGACAUCACAAGUACUGCUACAAGAUCAACAUAGCAAAUCACUCCAAAGGAUACAUUAUUUUGAGUUUUUCUUUCUCUUUAUUUGUGAUAGAAACAAUCUAUUUUAUUUGAUGUUUUUUAUGGUCCGUUAUGGUUUUUGUAUGCUUGUCUGGGGUAUAAAUGAUUCCUACUGUAGACUAUAUAUAUAUAUAUUUAUGAGUUUGUACAUAGCAAAAAUGAAUAUGUGAGUAUUUUAAAUGUGGAAAUGCCUGAGUUCUAUUAGUAUAUACUAUUUAAUGCGUAUGAAAAUCAAAGCUCAAGUCAAAAAGGCUACACGUUAGCUCUACUUUUGCAGGCAGCUUUGUGGGGUACUGUACGUUUCUACCUUUUGGUUCAACAGCCUCACACUUUUGGUUCUAUUAACUUGGCAACUCCAGUUCACUGUCAUUGUAAAGCACUGUGCAAAAGACU